UAUUUUAAAAUUGUGAAAUUGCAUAUUUUGCUACAAUAUGGCUUAAAAUUAAUUUAUUUUCCAUAAGCAUCCCGCGAUUUUUUCUGGGUGAGCAAAAUAAGGUGAACGUUUUAGACAAUUUCUCAAAAUAGAGGUUGUCUUAUUGACCGAGGGGUGAUACAAUUGACUGAAAAUAUAUUGACCUUACAUAAAUAAUUCUUCCAAUUCAUUGAAAUUCGAUUACUUAUAGGCACCUUUUUGAGAUAUUUUUAGUAUUAAAAUACAAAUCACAGCAACCAACGCCAAUCCGAACAACAUUUUGUAGCUGUCACUGCAGCAUCAUUCGCAUCAUCGUUUCGCGUUUUAUAUCCUUUUUUCGUUUAGUAAUUUCCAAGAAAUCAAAAAAAAAUCCUCAUAGCUUUAGUUUAGCAUGACAUCCGAUAAACCGGGGAUCGAAAUGACCAAAGGCAAACGAGUAAACGGUGUGAAUCGACGCUGCAGAGAUUUCCAUCGCCGAUAUCUAGCGCUUUGUCGUGCUAAGAACUUUCAACCUCUGCCGGAGCUCACGGUAACCGGUAGUGGAGGUGGCACUACCCGUGGUCGUAUGUCGAAAGCCGAACAGCAAGUUCCAUCGCUAAACUUCUAUGGCGACCGUUUCAAGGAAUGCGACUGGCUGUUGAUCAUUGAUGCGUUGCUUGAGGAUACUUCGCUCGAGAUCGUUGCUAUCCGUCUGCGAAAGGUUCUUAGCGAUGUACUUGGCAGUAAUAGCCAUCGGAUGGAUUUGGCAUCAGAUCGGCCUGCUGUUCUAACGAAACGCCUAUUUUCGCAACUGAUUGAUAGUUUGGGACAAUUUUUAGUCCACAACCAGGUAGUGAGGGUUUUUAUCCUAGAAGCGCUACCCGUACAAGGGAUAUAUAUGGCUACCCUUGUCAAUGGCCUGCAGCAAAAUUGUUCCAUUACUGAGUUGAGCUUUGCCCGCAGUACCAUAAGAGAUGAUGGUUGCGAGUCGGUUUGCAGUGCGGUGAUGCAUUUGCCCAAAAUAGAAACGCUAAACCUUUCUGCUUGUCAUUUGACUGCUAGGGGUUGUCAUGCGGUAGCCGAACUGAUCAAGUACCAGAAAAUACAGCGCUUCGCUCAGAGUUGGCAGUAUUCACUUCGGUAUGGGGACAUUGACACAAAUAAGAUGCAAGGAUUGCGUAACGUAUUGCUCAGUGGUAAUCCGUACAUCGGUGACGAGGGUUUGAUCGAGAUUACAGAGGUAUUAAAGGAUGACGAAUGGAUCCGACAAGUACAUUUCAGGAACUGUGGGCUCACGGACAUAGGGGCUAAAUCUCUAGUAGAUUGCUUGAAUAUCAACAAGACGAUUGAAAAGUUUGACAUACAUGCUAAUUUGGGUAUUUCAAAUAAAGCCUGCCAUGAGAUGCUAAUAAGACUAGGGGUUGAGCUAGAAUCAUCCGAUAAUAGCCAAUCAUUCUCGACCGGAGCCGGAACAGGUGGAAACAGAAUGAAGCCUGCAGAGCAAAUAAUAUUCUUGCAACAGCAGUUGGCUGCCGAGCGACACCAAAAUACACAGCUCCAGAUGAUGAUAGAACAGAUGCAUCUGCAGCAAACGGAGAGCGCUGCUCAGCUGAACAAAUUGAAACAUGACUUCAACCAGAUUGUAGAAGAACGUGACGAAUUAUUGAAUCGACAGCAGCACAUGAUCAUGGAACGUCCCAAAAGUCGGCGAUCCAUUGUGCGUAAAAGUAAAAGUGAGGCUCUUCCAAAACCGUCUCAGCUAUUCAGUCAAAGACGAACUGCGAGUCAACACAAUGGUCGCAGCAAGAGUGAAACUAAGUCGGAGAUUGUACUACGUACAGUGCGUGAUCGUCAUGCAGAAUCAGCGAAUGCUACUUCCAGGCAACCCAAACGGCAUCACAUGUUGGAGCGAACGAUCGGAGAUAGUGGCCUAACUGGUCAGUUGAAUGACAUUGCGGAGCUCAACGAAGAACUGGACGCGGUUCAAAAGAGUUUUACCGAGGGUGGUUGUGGUGAUAUGGGCAUUGGAUGUUCCAACAUAAAAGUGAGCACAGUGGGACAGUAUGACACAUUUAGAGAAGGUUCUAGAAGGACGAGGGUAAACGAUGAAACCAGCGACGAAGACUACUUUGUGGAUAUUGAAGAAGCCGCUGAUCAGUGGUCAACAGAGAAAGGAACAAAAGGGUACACGAAUGGCGGCGUAACAAGCUACGACGAAGAUGAUGAUGAUGACGAUCUGGAUGAGACGAGUGCCAAUUCGUUCUCCGGAGCUGAUUUGUUGAAAAUGAUUGUGAGAAAAAGAUCAGCCGAGCACGUAAAUGAUGCGCAGUCUAUGCUCACGAGCGUAUACAGUGGUGAAGGACAUUGAAACAAAGAUACGAACUUUGCAAGUGCAUGAUUUUAUUUCUUAAGAAUAUUUUAUAAAUAUGGAACCGACUUACUAAUAAAAUUUUU